UCAUCAGGCAUCGGGUCAUCUGGCUCGACAGUUGGUACCGGGUCAUCUGGCUCGACAGCAGGCAUCGGGUCAUCUGGCAUCAGGUCAUCUGGCUCGACAGCGGGUGCCGGGUCAUCUGGUUCGACAGCGGGCACCGGGUCAUCAGGCAUUGGAUCGUCUGGCUCGACAGCGGGCAUCGGGUCAUCUGGCAUCAGGUCAUCUGGCUCGACAGCGGAUGCCGGGUCAUCUGGUUCGACAGUGGGCACCGGGUCAUCUAGCUCGACAGCGGGCAUCGGGUCACCAGGCAUCGGGUCAUCUGGCUUGACAGUGGGCACCGGGUCAUUAGGCAUUGGAUCGUCUGGCUCGACAGCGGGCACCGAGUCAUAUGGCAUAAUAGGACCAUCAGGCUGGGUAGACACAUCAAGCUGGGUAGGGUACACUGGGUCAUCGGGCAUCAGGGCGGGUUCUCAGACGGCAGGCUGACCGGUUUGGAUACUGGCAGGAUGGUACUGGUUGGAAAG